AUGCCAGGGCUUACCACAGACACCGCCGACGGCGGUGCUGUACCUCAAUCACCCGCUGCAACUGAAGCAGUCUUAGCGGGUCCAGAGGUCGACGGCAGCGGACGUUCCGUCACAAUUCACGAAGACGGCAGAGUCUCCAUCACAAGAUCCUUCUUCCCUCAACUCUCGCUUGCCAUAGAUGACCAACCUCCUCGACCUAUUCGCCCAAGGCACAGCACCAGUCUAAAUCAAGAGAUCAAGCAAUGUCACGACUACAUUGAGUGGCUCGAGAAAAGUUUCGAGGGUCUGGAGAGAAGGGCAGUGAGCAGUGAGAUGAGACGAGCGGAAGAUAAUCUGAGGGCCAUUGCUCAGUUGGAUGCUGCGCGAAAAGAGUUCGACGAGAAGCUGACCGCUAUGGUCACUGAGGAGGUCGCGAUUGUCAAGCAAGACAUCAGUAUCAGGAGGAGGGAGGUCGAAGUAAGGAUCGCCACUCUGAAGAAGCGCAAGGAUCAUCUCGCAGCUUCCGAGGCAAGACUAGCGCAAGACGAAGCGAAGUCAAAGACUUACCAGGAUCUCUGCAGUGCUGUUCUGGAUGUGGCGAGCAGAAUCGACAAAGCAGAACGUGGUAGGCAGAAUUUGACAGCUCGCAAGAACACGCCACAAUCAGCUUUCAACAAAUGGGAACAGCAGUUCUGUCAGCCCAUUAACAAGCUUGCGAACCUCAUCCGGGAGACAGACGAUGAGCGAAAGGAGCAUGAACGCGAGUUCUCUGAGCAGCGCAUGGCGACACAGACACAGCAGACACAAGCUGCCGAGCUUCUUUCUCAGAUACGACAUGAGCAGAUAAUACUAGAGGAUGAGAAACAACACUUCCUCGUCGAGAAACGAGAGUGGCGCUCAAUGAAAGGCGGGGAGUUGACCGGAGCGGAGAUGAAAAGGGCUAUGGAAGUCUACCUUGAGGAACGGAUUGAGCAGAUCAAACCCAUGCUGCUCGAAGAAGCAAGACUGAGCAAUUGGACACUGCAGCAACAAGAAAACAAAGCUCGUGAAACUAUGGCCAUCGCAGAGGCAAAGACUCAAGGUCAACUGUUAGGCCAUCGUAUCGGCUACCGAAAGGGCUAUGCUGAGGGACAGGAACAAGAAGAAGACCAGUCCUACAGCAUUGGACGCAAGGAUGCUGAGCGCGAACAUGUGGCCAGAGUGCUCGAAGCAAAACGCGAGUCAUACGACGAGGGUCGUGAAGCAGGCUUGGUAGAGAGCCAUGAAGGCCACACCAUAAGCUACCAGAAAGGUCGGGAUGCGGGUCAUUCUCAGGGCCACCAGAAGGGACACGCCAAAGGCUAUGCCGAAGGACGUGCCGAGGGACGGCAACUUGGCGAUGAGGCUGGGCGCGCCACAUUUUACCAGGAAGGGUACGGCGAUGGCGAGGACAAAGGCCUGGCUGUAGGAGAGCGACUCGGUUAUGCUGCUGGAUGGUCCGAAGGAUACGACGUUGGCCAUGCUAGAGGAAAAGCCGAUGAGCGUCAAGCGAAUUCGAAGUCUCAAAAGGAUGAGGAGUCCCGUCUCAAACUGGAGUUCGACCGAGGAGUGGAAACGGCUGAGCGCGAGUUCACACCGAGGCUUACUAAAGAGUACGAUGCAGGAAAGUCCAGGGGCUACAACAAGGGUUGGGAUGCGGGCUGGAUCGCAGCCAAGGACUAUUUCAAUCGUCGCUGA